AUGGCGGCUUCCGUGGAAAAGAGAAAUGGGAAAUCAGGAGGGAACGGUGAGAAGAAGCCCAGUGGUGAGAAUGAGAAUGGGAGAUUGGGGGAAAAGCAAAAACAUUUGCCGGAUUUGGGAAGUUCUUUCCAAAGCCGGCCUAAUCGCCAGAAGUGCGGAAAUGGCGGCGUGGUGGCUUCAGUGAAGAAGCAUGGUUCGGAGAAGACUGUGGAAAGCAUUCGAUCCAGGUACAGUACUCACCCGUCCACUGGAGAGAUGCUGAAUAUGAUCGAUGCAAAUGUGAAGGAUGUGCUGGAAAUCACUCGAAGAAUUGAAAGCCGUGUUCUAGGUCAGGAGGGAGGUGUCGGUGGCGGCGGACCGGGAAAAGGAGGCGUCGGCGGUGGUGGAGUGGCAGCUUCUGUGGAGUAGAGAAAUGGGAAAUCAGGAGGGAACG